AUGUGCCGUAAGCGCAAGAUCAAGUGCGACCGUCGGAAACCUGCAUGCUCUAACUGCAUCAAAAGUAACUGUUCCCCAAAAUGUUUGUACGAACCAACUGUGUGGAUCUCAGGGAAUGAAACGGUUCCAAAGUCGGAAAAUUCACUGAACCCUGUCAUACCAAGCACUCCUAAUUCUUUGGUUAUGUCGCAAGAGUAUUAUGUCCCCACGAUUACCGAGUUCUAUGGGAAAAGAGACUACAUUAAUACCGGAAGUUCGAGAGAGGAAGCGUUGUGUGAAGAGAUCAGUUUAUUGAAAGAAAGCCUGCGAAAAUUGCAAAAAAAUACUGCCGUUAGAAGAGGAGCUACGAUCUGUUUUUUUAACAAGGUAGUCGACCCAUUUGCUACUUGGAAGAUGAAACGCAAGUUUCGAAAUGUUGGCGUUUUCUCAUGGUUGAGUUUGAUGAAAAAAGACAGACUAAUGUCGAUAGUGGCCAACAGGGCUACAAAAGUAGGCAAGACUGAACAAUCUAAGUUUUACGACGAACGCCAACAACUAAAUUCCAAACUAUUACGGAUUUUCGACAAUGGAUCUCCCAGGUAUUUUGUAAAACAGGUUCCUCACCCAAUUUGCUUAUCUGGAGACAUAGCAUCGGUAAGGCCAGUUAUUGAGAGGAUCAGCAGCACUCUACCUCCGAUGGAUAUAGUGGAUAUGCUGGUGGAUAGAUUGGCCUACCUUACGGUGGAAGUUAAAUCAAAGACAACAGCCACACUUACCGAAAAAGAAACACAGAUUUUGAACUUCCCUAUUGGGUUGAGUUAUAUUACACAUUCCAGGAGUAUUUUGGACUACUGCAACUAUUUGAGGAAACCAGAAUUAGAAACCAUUCAAGCUCUCCUAUUGUUGAAAUCCUACUACACAUGGUGUCCAGCAGAAACUGAAGGUAUCGCUGAUUCCGAAUCAAAUAUCCUGAUGGCUGUUAUUGUUCAAAGUGCUUUUGAUGUUGGACUGAAUGUAAAUUCGAAUGCUUUGUUCAUCCACACCGACAAUGAGUCUCAUCUGAGAGUGCUCCAGUUAUGGAAAAAGAUCUGGGCAUCCAUCUUGAAUAUUGAGCAUCGCAGGGCAUUCACUCAAGGUGUUAGUAUCAGAAUUGACGAAAAAGAUUAUGAUUCUCUGUUACCCAAUUUUGAUUCUACGUUAUCCAACAACUCAGACAUAAACGUAGAGAGAUGCACCAUUGAUCACAUAUGGGAUCGUCAGAAAUUCAAUCCAAUGAUCAGAGACCUGAUCGAUCUUUCUGUGAAUAUCAAAAAGGAUCCAUUGGUAUCCGAUAUUGUAGAUUGGUGUGAAAAAUGGGAGGCUAGUGUGCACAAAUUUAAUUCUAGAACUUCUCAUAGAAGCCAGCCUCUAGCCAAGGUUGAUAAUACCAUUUUACAGUUGGAAGCGGCGACUCUGCUCUUCGUGCUGUUGCAUCAUCUUUUAUACCAUGCUCAAAAUGCCAAUGAUCCAGAGAAUUACCUGAUUUAUACAAAGAAGCUGUUCGAGCUGGUUCAAAAGAUGUACCAACUGGUGGUCGAUUUUUUAAAGUCGUUAACAGACAAUCCUCCAGACUGUUUUUUCCUUGUAAUUACUUCAGUUGAAAGGGCAGUUAUAGCGUCAUUGUAUUUCUAUCGGCAUGUGUCACUGAACCUUCUUUUCUAUUUGGAUUUGGUAAACGAUGCCCAGUACAGGUCGUCUGCAAAUGCAUUAUAUGAAAAAGUGGACAAGAAUUUUCAGUGUCUAGUAACUUUGAGUGCUGACUUGAGCCGUGUCUCAUAUACAUCUUUUCGGUUUUGGGGCAUGACCAAAUUUGUCUCGAUAGUUCAGAACGAUCCUAUAGAAAGAAGCCAUAUCUACGAUCAAACGGACAACAUUUCUGCGCUCAUCCAGUUCUCCAAGUCGCUGGAAGCUCAUUUUGACGACAUUGCCGUCUGGGCGGACAACAAUGGAUUUGAUCCAGACUACCAACCGGUUUUCAAAACUGGAGACGACAGGAAACCCGUGACAAAACAAACUGCUUCGCCUUCAAGUAAGGAACCGUCUUUUGACCUUUUUACGGAUUUCUUUAACUUUGAAGGGCAGGAGGAGAGUUUCUUGUGGUCUGCGGACACCUAG